AUGAAAUUUAUUAAGUACAUUCUUAUCUUAUUUGUUCUUGCUAUGAUUGUAAAUGCAGAUGAUAACUCAGGACAAUAAAAUCAACCUAAAUAUACCUAUGUUAAACGUAUUGUAUAACUAAAUGGUCCUUUUGCACAUAAGGUUAAAUGCUCUAUGACUGACCCUAGUUGCCCUUGCUGGGAUUGCUAUAAACACGGCUUAUUGAUCUGUAAAUACUUUUGCUGA